AUGCCUGGGGUUAAGCAUCCCAGUAAGCACUCUUCUCCAUCAGUACAGUUUACUAAACUCUGGCAGGUUGUUUGGGCCACUUCUUACCUUAUUGGCUGUGGCAUAUCAUCAUGUCGUAAAGGAAUUCAGUAUCUCUACAUAUGUCACUAUUGUCAUGAGGGCAAUGAUCCUGACAAAAAGAAUGUACCUUAUAAUAAGGGAACUCCAUGCGGAGACUGUCCAAAUAACUGUGAAGAUAAACUUUGUAUGAACCCUUGCAUCUACUACGAUGAAUACAGUAAUUGUAAACAGACACGAGGUCCUGCCUGCAGCCACCCGUCAGGACUCCGCAAAGCUAGUUGCCUGUGUCCCACUGAGAUAAAAUAG